AUGAGCCUGCAUUCAGCGAAUUUAGAAAUAACUAAAUUCAUGUUAAGUAAAAUUAUUGACAAAUAUAAAAGAGCGUAUGUAGGCGGUAAUAUUAUCUGUUAUAUUCACGAACAGCAAAUGGUCGUCUUGGAUUUCUUUAAUGCACUAAGUCCUGGUAAAUAUAUUUUGAGAAUAACGUAUAAAGGUGUCAUUGCUAAUGAUAUCGGAGGUUUUAUCAAGAUAUCGUAUAGAAAUGCGGCAGGAGAUAAAAAAUGGCUUAUCACAACAAAUAAUUCAGCGACAGGAAUGCGACGUUUAUUUCCAUGUUGGGACGAACCAGGAUUAAAAGCUAUAUUUAAUAUUGCUAUAAGGCAUGAUCAACGUUAUUACGUUCUUUCAAAUACAGAUGUAGUCUAUAUAUCUACAUCAGAAAUAUCGUCUAUGAGGAUGUCAUAUUUUGCCAAAACUCCUAAAAUACCCACGUACCGUAUAGCAAUUUUGCUAUUCGAUAAAAAUGAUUAUAUUCAUAUUUCUCCUAGAAAACCUAUAGAAAACCUCAAAUUAGAGAGAAAGUGGACGAAUGCGCAAUGGAAUAAAAUUUUAAUUGAUAUUGUCACAAAUAUUGUUGAAUCUAAAUGGCAACAACCAAGAGAAUCUUUAUUAAAACAUCAAUAUGCGGUCGCAGGUUUGACAGAUGAUGGCGUAGAUAAAUUGCAUUUUGUACUUUACAGAAAAAGAGAUAUUACCUACAACAAAGAGAUAGAUCCUGUUGCACGCAAAAUAGAGUUAUCACGUAUAAUAGGACGUAAAAUUGUAGGUCAAUUGUUUGGUACUGCUGUUAGUCCAUCAUGGUGGUCUUACAUGUGGUUGAACGAGGGUAUUGCUACGUUGUUCGGCGUGUACAUAAUCAAUCAGCGAUUAUCUGUUGUAGCACCUUUUAUAUUACGUAUGCUACAUCAUACAGUGGGUGAUGAAAUUUUUCAAAAAGGGAUUAAUGUCUAUAUGAAAAGAGAGACCGGUAGUUUGGACGAUUUUUGGACUGUAAUGCAAUCUGUCUAUGAUUCACAAACUAUGGAUUUGGAGAAACUUAGUGUGAAAGACUUGAUGAAUCCUUGGAUACAAGAAAAGCAAUAUCCUAUUCUUAAUGUAACGGAAAUCUUUGAUACCGAAUGGACGAAAAUUGUUCUAGAAACUACUUCCAAAAACUGGACGGUAUCAUUAACAAAUCAAGCGUACAUAAAUUUAAAACGAAUUUUACCCAAAUUUUCUCUAGCCCGAGAACAAAAGCACUUUCUUGCAAAAUGUUACAAUUCCGAAUACAAUCAGUUUAUAAUAAUCAAUCGGCAACAAACAGGAUAUUACCGUGUAUUUUAUAACAGGGAAAGUUGGUUAAGAAUCAUAGAUUAUCUUAAUUCCGAAAAUUAUACAAAUAUUAAUGUUUUAAAUCGUGCUCAACUCAUCGACGACACGUUCCAUUUAACAAUAUCAGGCGAAUUAGAUUCUUCUGUAUUUUGGGAAGUCAUAAACUACUUAAAAUGGGAAACGAAUUAUAUAGCAUGGUAUCCUAUGUUCAAAGUUAUUGAGCAUGAGUCACACACUCUACUGUUUCCUAAUGUCAAUACUACUAAUUUCAAGAUGAGACUACGAAAGCUACUGAUUCCGCUUCUUGUAAACAUUGGAUACGAAGAAAAAUUUAACGACGACAAUCUUCUUAAAUGUUUAAGGCAAGAAGCUUUAAGAUGGGCUUGUGUUCUCGGUGAUAGCGAAUGCAAAAAAUAUGCAGAAUAUAAAUUGCAAUGGCAUUUGUCAAAUCCGACAGAAAAUAAACUAUUACCAUGGUGGAGGGAAUGGACGUUCUGUAAUGGUUUAUCUGUAUCUAGUAUUUCUCUUGACCAACUAUUUAAUGAUUGGGAUGCAAUGUUGAAAAUUAAAAAUCUAAAUGUGUUUAAAGUUGUCGCUUGCUAUCAUGAUAUUUAUAGUCUCGUGUCUUUGCUAAAAACGUUCAAAAAUUAUCACAUAUCUGCUUAUACAGAAGAUAAUGCAAGGACAAUCACUAUUAUUAAAUACAAUAUUGAUCUGUUUUAUUAUGUUAUUCAGAGACAUGCAAAUGGCUUAAUGAAUAACAUUUUAUUAAACAAUUUGGAAGAAAUCAAACCUAAAGAGAUGAGUACAACCGCAGCAUUAAUUACUAUUAUAAAUUAUACUUAUUCUAGCAAAUUACUCUGUGAGAUGCAAAAAUGGAUACAUAAAACUCUUGCUAAUUCAUUACUUCAGAACACUGAACACAAAAUAAAAAUGCGCCUCAAAAAGCACUAUGUAGACAUUAUAGACGAUGAAUGUAAGAUCAUUCUGCUUUAGUUUUUAACAGAUUAUAUAAGUGAAGAUUGCAUUAAA